ACAUCUUAGAUGAACGCUCAUAUUUGUUUGGGACAGGUUUUACGCCGGAUACCCUUCUUGACUCAACCCUUCUUGGGGAGUAGAGGCCCCAGAGAGAUACGAACUCACGACCCCUAGUUUACUAAACCUAUGCUUUAACCACUGAGCUAUGGGGCCCCCUAAUGCAUAAUUAAUAGUGUUGGACGAAUUUUUUUUUUACUUCCGGUGAGUAUGAACGUGGCACAAUUUUGAGAGUGCGUCGUUCCUCCUCCAAUCGAAGCCAUAUGAGGUGAAUUCCUUUUGCCUGUGGACACAGUAGACGCGUUGUGGGUAUGCCAUAUGAUUAGAUUCUCUUCUUGACGGGCUACGAAGCUAAUUUAGUUUUUCAGAAAAAAUGGACCGGUUGAGCUAGGCUAGCUGUUAGCUAGCUAGGCCAAUUUGUUGAGUGAAAGCGGUGAUGCAUUUAAUGUUCUUUCGCUAUUUUUAACUAGCACUGCAGGCUAGGUGGGCUAAAUUGUGAAUCGUCGGUUUUUGUUUUUUCUUUUUUGUUGUUGUUGUUAUUUUAAGCAACACACAUGGAACAAUGGAAAGAAGCGGCCUCUCAGCAGGCCAAGGUGUUCGCUGCUAGGAUGAAUGAACUGUUGACCAAAGGCCAGGAGUUUUUGCGAAGCGAGCUCGGUGUGGAUUUGGCGCUCAAGCCGGAGCUCAUUCAGCCAUGGGUGAUCCUCCUUGCGGCAUGCACCGGCUUGGUGCUCAUGCUUGCAAUAUGGGCCUCAAUGGCUCUUUUCAAGAAGCGGCCUACAAUCCCUGUCGUGCAGGACACCGUCAAGAUAAAGCCAAGUGCCAGUAAAUCGGUCAAAUCGGAGGAGCCCAAGAAGAGGAAGAAAAGGGCGGAAAAGAAAGUUCAGCCAAAUGGAAGAGCUGUCACUGAGGCACACGACGAAGACGCCAUAGUUAGUCAAGCUAGAGUGCCACAUCAACAGCCACCUCGUCCAGAAACCAAGAGGGAAAACGCUUUAGAGACAAAGAGGAAAGUCAAACAGGCAGUGACGGAAACUGUGACAGCUGUCGGAAAAGAGCCAGAAGAAGGGACAUGGGAGACUAAGGUAAGCAACAAGGAAAAACGGGAACAACGCAAGAAGGACAAGCGCUCCAGUGAUGGCUCCUCCAGUCCUGGUGGUGGUGGUGCUGGUGGCGGCACUUUGGGUGCAACUCCAGAGCAGUGUAAAGCCUCAGCAGCCAUUCCAUCUGUCAACCAGAAGAAGAAAAAAGGACAGUCGUCGAAAGUGACAGCAGAGAAGAGUAAUGCUGCUGCAUCUCAUGCUAACAACAUCGAGGCACCAUUAGUAGCAGCAGUUGUGGCUAACAGUCAAGCUGUCAAGGUUUCUCGCACUGUUGCUCCAAAGACUCAAGGCCCGUGGAUUGGCACAAGAGAACCACAGCCACUGUGGAAGACAGAGAUUGAUGAGUCAUGGACUGUGAUUGAUCGUAUUCCAUCUGAUUUAGUUUCCCUUACCAAUCUAGGUGUUGGCACAGGUGAUCCACAGCUGAUGGAUAACGCGCCCUGGCUCAGUCAGGCCAAAGUAGAUGAUGAGUGGUCAGGAUUCACAGAUCCCAGCUCUGACUGGAAUGCCCCUUCUGAAGUUUGGGGCAACUAUGAAGAGCCUACGCCUCAGCCCACUCGUGUUCAGGAGCAGCCUCGAAGUGCUAAAGCUAAACCUAAGAUAAUGAACUUAGCUACUGAGGAGGAGGAUGAAAAGCACAAUGGGGAGGCUGGAGCCGCUAAGAAUAAAAAGAGAAAGAAGAAAAAGGCAGCUGAAGUGGGAGAAGUCUCCCAGGUUGAAGUACCACAGACGAAGUUGGAGCUUCCAGCCCCAUUGAAGGAGGAGGAGAAGAAGAAGAAGAAGAAGAAACCGAAGCAAACCCCAUCUGCUCAGGAGCAUUCUCCUCCUGUUGAGGUGCGACUGGAUCGACCAGGGAAAGACUGCACACCUCAGAAACCUCUUGCCACACAAGUGCCACUGAAGCAACCCGACGAACAUACUACAGUUCAGAUCAACCUUCCUGCUCCAACACAGCAAAAAGCUGAGGAAAUCCAGGUUGCCAAGCUGUCUAAGAAGAAGAAGGCAAGGAAGGAGACAUGAGUCCGCUUUGCAGUCAACCAUAUGCAAAAGACUUGACAUCCUGAUUAUGCAACAGCUUUUAAAGAAAACAACUCGGACCUACGGUCACCUGGAUGGACUUACUUUAAACACUGACUGAAAAAUAAAAUCAACAUUUUAUACAGUCGUUACGUCAUGGAAAAGUGAAAACCUAGAAGCAGCUUAAUCUAUCAUGCUUUGUGAAUUAAUUUUUAAACAUGCUUUUGAUACUGUAUUGUAAUUCCAUUGAUUGAACUAAGUGAAGGAGCUAGUCAAUUAGAAAUGUAGAUGUAAAGAAAUUAUUAUUGUGGUUACUCGGCAUGACAUGCUGAAUUUGCCUUUCGUUUUGUCGGCUGUAUGGUGACCAUCAUUGAAUGAAAAAGGUCUGUUAAUUUGGACAUUUUCACUCAUUGUGUGUACAUGUCUACUCUUAUUUUUCAUCAUCUUUGAGAUUCCUGCAGACUCUGUCCAUGCGGUUUAUCAAUUUGUCUGUGUACUUAGACUCCCAAUCCCUUCCAAUUUCUACAACAUAUUGUAUAUGCUCUUUGUGUGGAGCCGUGUUGGACCCACUGAAAGAAGAACCGUCAUGUCUUUGACCUCUUCCUGACUUUCCAACUGUAAUUGAUUCUAUAGUCUGAAGAUUCUUUUGUUUAAAAAAAAAAAAUGGGGUUGGUAAUAAAAGUAAAGCAAAAGCCAUAUGUUAAAAGA